AUCUCACUCCUUAUCUCCCCAAACAGCCUCCAAAAACCAUCUCCUUUCCCUCAUAUAAAAAUCCAGGUAUGGAAAUUACCAAUCUCCAUAUUUACACCUUUUUAGAAUACAGAUUCAAAACACUACAAUCAUGCAAUAACUCAUCCAAUCUAUGAUUUCUUCUUCUUCUUGAAAUCGUGUUUUAUUCGAAUUCUGUUCAUGUUAUUAUGGAGCUUUGCUUAUCUAGAAAUAUUAUUAGCAACGUUAGGUGUACUGACUUUGAAUAUGAUAGUAAAAGAACUGCUUUAAAUGAUAUUGGGUUUUCCACAAAAAGGAGAAAACGUCGGAAUUUGAAGGUUUUUCCAAUUGGGUUUUUUGAGAAUUCGAAGAAAAAUGGAAAAUCCCAAUUGGGUUUUUGUUGGUUCGGGUCGAGAAACUCGUAUGAUGUAGAAUUGAAAGAAAAAGCGAAAACUGGAUUGAAUUCGGAUUCGGUGAUUGAAGUUCUGAAGUCGAAAUCCGACCCCCUCGAGGCCCUCUCUUUCUUCGAGUCGGUUGCGCGGCAGCCGAGGAUUGUUCACACCACCGAGUCUUGCAAUUACAUGCUCGAGCUGUUGAGAGCUCAUGGGAAGGUCGAAGCGAUGGUCGUUGUGUUCGACUUGAUGCAGAAGCAGAUUGUGAAGAGGAAUGCUGAUACGUACUUGACAAUUUUCAAGGGCCUCAGUGUGCGGGGUGGGAUUCGUCAGACUCCGUUCGCGCUCGAACGGAUGAGUAAAGCGGGUUUUUCCUUGAACGCAUUCUCGUACAAUGGGUUGAUACAUUUACUUCUGCAAUCCGGAUUUUCCCGGGAAGCAAUGGUUGUUUACAAGAGAAUGGUGUCAGAAGGAAUUAAACCAAGCUUGAAGACUUACUCUGCACUCAUGGUUGCGUCGGGGAAGAGAAGGGAUGUCGACACGGUAAUGGGCCUUUUGGAAGAAAUGGAGCAUCUAGGGUUGAGACCGAAUGUUUAUUCAUUUACCAUCUGCAUUAGGAUACUUGGGCGGGCCGGGAGGAUCGACGAUGCUUAUGGCAUUUUGAGGAGAAUGGAUGAAUACGGUUGUAGCCCUGAUGUUGUCACUUAUACGGUUCUUCUAGAUGUUCUUUGCAAUGCAGGUCGGCUUGACGACGCCAAGGAUUUGUUUCGGAAGAUGAAGUGUGGUAAUCAAAAGCCAGAUAGAGUGACAUAUAUCACCUUGUUGAAUAAGUUUGGCAAUUCGGGCAAUUUGGAUGCAGUGAGGGAGUUUUGGAAGGAAAUGGAAGCUGAUGGUUAUGUUGCUGACGUGGUUGCUUUUACGAUACUUGUGGAUGCCUUGUGCAAAGUAGGGAAGAUCAACGAAGCAUUUGGUACGUUGGAUGUGAUGGGUCGUAGCGGUGUCCUGCCUAAUCUACAGACUUACAAUACUUUGAUUUCAGGGCUUUUGAGGGUAAAUAGAUUGGACAAAGCUCAAGAUCUCUUCGUUUGUAUGGAGGUUCACGGUCCCAAACCGACUGCAUAUACAUACAUCCUUUUCAUCGACCACUAUGGGAAGUCUGGGGAGUCUGGUAGAGCACUUGAGAUGUUCGAGAAGAUGAAGAGUAAGGGGAUUGUUCCGGACGUUGUUGCUUGCAAUGUAUGUUUAUAUAGUCUUGCAGAAUUGGGAAGGCUCGGGCAGGCAAAAGAUGUUUUCCACGAAUUGAAGAGUAGUGGCCUUUCUCCAGAUGCCAUUACAUAUAAUAUGAUGAUCAAGUGUCAUAGUAAGGCAGGGAAGGUGGAUGAAGCUAUCAAGUUGUUCGAUGAGAUGAUCGCAAGCGGGUGCGACCCAGAUGAGAUCACAAUGAAUUCCUUGGUCGACAUGCUCUACAAGGCAGAUAGGGUCAAUGAGGCAUGGCAAGUGUUUCAUAGAAUGGAAGAGAUGAAGCUUAGGCCGACUGUCGUUACUUACAACACAUUGUUGGCCGGAUUGGGCAAAGAGGGAAGAGUCGGAAAGGCCAUUGAGCUAUUUGAGGGGAUGAAUGCACACGGCUGCCCUCCAAAUACGGUAACUUUCAACACGCUGCUAGAUUGUCUUUGCAAGAAUGGCGAUGUCAAUCUGGCCUUGAAAAUGCUUUAUGAAAUGACAGAGAAGGAUUGUAAGCCCGACCUUUUAACUUACAACACCAUCAUUUACGGUUUGGUGAAUGAAGAUAGAAUUAGUUCUGCGUUGUGGCUCUUCAGUCAGAUGAGGAAAGUGUUUUUGCCUGAUUUUAUAACAUUGUGCAGUCUUCUGCCGGGUGUCGUGAAAAGCGGACAGAUAGAAGACGCGUUGCGGAUUGCUGAGAUUUUUAUCAUGAAUGAUGGAGAUCAAACAGAUGGGACUUCAUGGGAAGCUCUAAUGGAGGGGAUUUUGCAUGAAGCUAGAAUAGAACAAUCGACUAUGUUUGCUGAAGGAAUGGUGUCAAAUGGUAUUUUUCAUAAUGACUAUCUACUCUGCCCUCUAAUCAAGCAUUUGUGCAGGCAAGAGAAGGUUCUUGAUGCUCACAAACUGUUCGAAGCAUUCAAGAACUACGGCAUUGUUCCAACCAUCAAUGCAUAUAAUCCUCUCAUUGAUGGUCUGCUGGAGGCCCGCUUUACCGAAACAGCAUGGGGUCUGUUUGAGGAGAUGAAGAAGGUCGGCUGUAAGCCCAAUGUUAUUACCUACAAUUCAUUACUUGAUGCUAUGGGUAAGUCAGAGCGGAUUGAUAAAUUGUUAGAGCUGCGUGAAGAGAUGAACUCAAGAGGGUGCGAAGCGAAUGUGAUAACCUACAACAUAGUCAUUUCCGGUCUCGUCAAAACGAACAGACUAGAUCAAGCUAUCAACUUGUACUAUGAUCUAAUGAGUGGAGAUUUUUCCCCUUCUCCUUGUACGUACGGCCCGCUUAUAGACGGCCUUUGGAAGUCGGGAAGAGUGGAUGAAGCGAAGCAGCUUUUUGAGGAGAUGAAGGAAUUCGGAUGUAGGCCCAACUGUGCUAUCUAUAACAUACUUAUAAAUGGAUUUGGGAAGGUUGGUGACGUGGAAACUGCUUGUGAAUUGUUCGAAAGAAUGGUUGCAGAGGGAAUCAAGCCAGACGUGAAGUCUUACACUGUUCUUGUUGAUAGCCUAUGCAUGGUUGGGAGGGUGGCAGACGCUCUCCACUAUUUCGAGGAAAUGAAGUUAGCGGGCCUCGAACCCGACUUGAUCGCAUAUAAUCUUAUGAUCAAUGGCCUUGGACGGGUGCAGAGGCUCAAGGAUGCGAUCUCUCUUUUUGACGAGAUGCAGAGUAAAGGUAUUUUUCCGGACCUGUAUACAUACAAUUCCUUGAUAGUUAAUCUUGGGAAGGCAGGAAUGGUAGAGGAAGCUGGGAAGAUGUAUGAAGAACUCCAACUUAAGGGCUUCGAACCUAAUGUUUUUACGUAUAAUGCCCUCAUUCGAGGGUACAGUAUGUCGGGCAACAGUGACUGUGCAUACGCAGUGUAUAAAAAGAUGAUGAUUGGAGGCUUGAGCCCCAACACAGGAACAUUUGCUCAGCUUCCUAAUCAAUCAUGACAUGUUUGUUAGAUACUUGAGGAAAAUGUACACAUCUUGUAAUACCUGUAUCACUUCAGGUCUCUGUUAUAGUAGCAUUCUGUAUUUGAUUCAUAUUACAAUUUAAAUUUGAUGGCCAUGGUCAUCGUCAAAAGUA